AUGGUGGCCACGGAAGUACACAGUCUGAGAGUGGACGGGUUCAUUGCUAUGCUUUUUUCGGGCAGACCUGAGGUAGAGGCUUCUGUUGCGGUUAUCACAGUGUACUCUCGUAUCAAGGAAGAUCAUGAGAAGCAUUUGAGGAUGGUGCUUGGUUUGUUAAAAGAGAAGAAGUUGUAUGCUAAAUUUUUAAAGUGUGAGUUUUGGCUUAGCUCGGUGGCAUUCUUAGGGCAUGCAGUGUCGAAGGAUGGCAUCAUGGUGGAUCCCAAAAAGAUUGAGGCAGUCAGAGGUUGGGCUAGGUCUACUUCAGUGACUGAGAUUCAAAGUUUUAUAGGCUUAGCGAGUUACUUUAGUCAUUUUGUGAAAGGGUUCUCAUAUAUUGCUUCCCAUGUGACUCGGUUGACUCAAAACAAUAUAGCUUUUCAGUAG